AUUGGCAUGCGCCGUGUGUUUACAGGCUGUAGUCAGAAAAAAUGUGUAAAAUAGACUUAUUUUAAAACGUUACAGUGAUUUUUGUAGAUACGAUAACGUGUUAGACAAACACAAAGUAUAGUAGACGACUGUUACAUGGAUUACGUGCGUUUUGGGGCCUUUCUUUGAUGAAAAGUAGUCCGUGGAUGUUGUUUAAACGCUGUCGUGAUUUGGGAGAAUGUGAAGUAGUCCGAGAUGAUGCUCUGCUUUGGAAAUGCCAGGUAGAAGGUCUUAAUGCGUGAGGCCGAGCAUGGCUGAAGAAGGAGAUCUGGAGACUAUCGGUGAACAGUUGUACUCUCUGAUUUACCCCAAACAGAAAGAGGAGGCUGGAAAACUCACAGGCAUGUUGCUGGAGCUCCCGGCCCCCGUUUUGAGGCAGAUGUUGGAGGAUGAGGCCAUGCUGGCAGCGGCCGUGGAGAAAGCCCUCAGAGCCCUGCACCUGGAGUCCAGCGAGGGGAGCCAGGCGGAGGAGGAGGAGGAAGAGGCGUCUGCGUCCUCUGACUCUUUGGGGGAGCAGCUGUUUGAACUGGUGGACGUUUACAACACGGGACACUCCCAGAAAAUCACAGGCGAGCAGAGCAUCACACACACAAACACACACACACACACAAACACACACACUGACGUCUUUAUCACAGCAGUGAGCAGAAUAAAGAUUUCCUCCUGUUUAAAUGGGACUCCCCGUUUGUCAGCAGGGAUGCUUCUGGAGCAGCACAGAGAGGCCGUGGUGGGCCUCCUGUCCGACCCCAAACAGCUGGAGGAGCAGGUCCACCUGGCCCUGAAGACGCUAACAGAGUACGUAGUUUAUGGCCUUUACGGCCUCUCUGAUGGAUGGAUGGAUGUAUGGAUGCGGAGCGUGGAGGAAACGGAGGCCGGCGACUCCUCGGACGAGCUGGAGCGGCUGGGGGAGCAGCUCUUCUCUCUGGUGGAGGCCAUAGAUCCACGCCACGCCCAUGACAUCACAGGGAUGCUGCUGGAAAUGGAUGCGGCCGCCCUGCAGCCGUUGCUAAGCAACCGCCGCAUGCUGCAGGCCGCCGUUCAGAAAGCUCAGGCCGCCCUGCUGGACUAGGCCCGAUCCGAUCCCGGAUCCAGAUCGGAUCGGCCGGAGAUAUUUGGAAAAAAAACAAAAAGGAAAAAAGGCCUGAGGGGAGAGCCUCUUUAGAUCUAAUCAGGUGGGAAAGAGCUCUCCCUUUUCUCAACACAAGCUAAAAACUGCUGAAUCAACAGGCGGGAAUCGUCCUCUUUCGUCCCGAUCCGAUAUCUGGAUUGGAGUCAGAAAGCCAAACAGAACCGGACCCGAAACUUCCUUCCUCCCCCAGAGGCUCAAAUGUAAAAAAUGAUCUUUUUCUUAUGUUUUUUUUACAUUUUUGGGAAAAGAAAGUUGCUUACUUGAUCAGUUUUAUGGUUUGCCCUCUGAAACACGGCAGUCCGGUCCGUGUCCAGCAUCAGCGUAACCAUGGAAACCACAGCAUCCAUGUAGGGUCGAGCCAGACUCCAGAUCCAGUUUUAUUUUAAAGUCCCAUCCCACACGAGCAUUAGCAUUAGCAUCUGCUAAC